UGUUUUAAUUGGUUUAGUUGGCAACACUGGCUUGUUUCUGUCGUAACAGGCGGUCUGCAUUUAGUUUAAUAUAGAUUGAAAACAUGAAUAAAAUAACCUGUGCUUUUAUAAGCGUGCUGCAUCACAGCCACAAAUCAUAUGGAAGUGCUGCCCUGCUUGGUCGUCAGUUGUCCUACAAAAGUGAUUUGUCUCUAGAUAAAAUCUAUCCAAAUGCGCGUCUACAGCUUUACACUCCGCCGCCUCCACCUCCUGGUAGUGGCGACAAAUUCAAUGGCUAUAUACCCAUGGAUAAGCUAGAGAUCAGCUACAGUCGCAGCUCCGGUCCCGGUGGCCAGCACGUGAAUACCUCCAAUACAAAAGUCGAUGUGCGCUUCAAGCUCUCGGAGGCGCAAUGGAUACCAGAGAAGACUCGCGAAAAGUUACUCAAGUCGCUGGCGAACAAGCUCAACAAAGAAGGCUACUAUUUUAUUAAAAGCGAUUUGACUCGCUCCCAGCAAAUGAAUCUAGCAGAUGCGCUGGAGAAGCUGCGCUCGCUAAUACGCGCCCAGGAGCUCGAUGAGCCAGUGGCACCCAGUGAGGAAACUCUGGAGAAGCUGCGUCGCCGUCAGGAGAAGGCGGUCAGGCAGCGGCUGCAGCUGAAACGUUCACGAAGCCAGACCAAACAAGAUCGUCAGACAUAGACACAUUUUCAGUUUCUAAUUUGCCAAACAACAACUUUUGUUAAACAUUAA